AAACUCCCACUCAGCGCCGCCAGAUCGCAUCUCUUUCCCGAUGGAGUCUCCACCGGCGUUUCCGUCGUUGGAAGACGAAGCAUCUCAGGUGACACAAGCCCGUGAAGAAGACAGAGAAGCAGCCCCAGGAGAAGAAGAAGAAGAAGAAGAUUAUGAUGGAGAAGAGGCGGCCAAAUCCCGUAAACGGACGAGGGCCAAGAACGGUCGCGAUCCGACGCGGAAAGCCUGGAGCAAAGCUGACGAAUUGCGGGUCCUAAGGCGAUUGCUCGAGUUCUCCGCGCAAAAGAAGGAGAACCCAGUCUACGAUUGGGACGACAUUUACAAAUUCAUAAGAAGCGAUCUCGAGACCUUCUACACGAAGGAUCAGGUGAGACGCAAAGUGCACACCUUGAAGAACAAUUACAGGGACCGGGUUAAGCUGGGCAAGAAGAAGCAGGCCAUGUCCCCGGAUGAACUGGCUGCGUAUGGGUUAUCGAGGAAGCUGUGGCGUGAUGAGGUAAAGGGCGAGUCGAGUGCGAGAGAUCAUGGGAAUGAUGAGACCGAUAGGGGCGAUAGGAUGGAUUUGGCUGCGCUGAAGGCCGAACUGCUCAUGUUCGACCAAAUGCCCAAAGGAAUGGACUCGGGGUUCUUGGAUGAGAUUAAGAGGUUUUAUGUAACUGGAGUUGAUGAGGAAUUCCUGAGGGCUGGUUUGGGCUUGAUCGAGAGGAAGCAAAGGGCAGAGCUGGAUGAGAAGAGGAGGAAAUUGCGAAUGGCUGAAUUGGCAGCUCUUGUGGAGCGGGCUGAAUUGAUCCGUCUUGCUUUGGAGGCGAUUCUGGAAGCUUAUGAAUCAAGAAAGCUUUUGAGUGUCAUGUUCAGGUAGUAUAUUGUGCCUCUGAUGACCUUAGAAUGGAGAAGGGUUAGGUGGAAAGCGAAAUGUCAUUCUUUUGGGUGAAGCUUGCAGCUGCAGGUGCUCUUGCUUCAUCAAGUGUAUAUAAGUUGCAACUUCACCGUAAAAGCUUAUCUAAUUGGACUUCUUUGGUGUCCUUAGAUCAGAGUCCUGAAUAUUGAGUUUAUAUGGCAUGAAGAGAGGCCUACAUGCUUUUGAAAUUUAUGCUGGUUCUUUGCCUGCUUUUGUAUGGUAUCCGAUGUUGCAAGAACUUUGGUUCUCACCGUCUCAGCGAUGAUUAAUUGGUAUCCAUGUUUGUC